AUGGCCUCUAUUCUUAGAAUUUCCACAAUCGCCCUUGCAGCUCUAGCAUCCUGCAUCGAUGCUAGUAAGCUGCUUGGGUUCGACAACAAAAGGAACAUGAUCCCAAAUUCUUACAUCGUUGCCAUGAAACAGGACAUGCCUAUGCGAGACUUUGAGUCUCAUAUGGCUUGGGUAUCCAACGUCCACUCUGCAAAUGUCGCUAGGGCGGAGGGCAGCUCAACGACUGGUGUGAAAUUCACUUUCAAGAUAAACGGAUGGAAGGGCUACAGUGGGACAUUUGACGAAAACACGCUUCAUGAAUUGAUGACAAAUGAAAAUGUGGACUACAUUGAACCGGAUCGAUGGUCACGUAUUGCAAGUGUUAGCUCGCAGAAGGCUUUAGUGACUCAAAAAAGCGCUCCUUCUUGGGGUCUUGGGCGAAUUUCCCAUAUGAAUAGCGGCAGCCGUGAUUAUGUUUAUGACGAAUCCGCUGGCGAAGGUGUUGUGGUAUACAGUAUUGACACGGGUGUUGACAUCAAACACCGAGAUUUUGAAGGCCGCGCUUAUUGGGGCAUCAAUACCGUCGAUAAUGAUAACACUGAUGGCCAUGGCCAUGGAACCCAUACCUCUAGCACCAUUAUUGGAAAGACCUAUGGUGUCGCCAAAAAGGCGAAGCUUUACGCUGCAAAGGUCUACGACUCUCGGGGAGUUGGCCCUGACAGUGCAACGCUCAAAGCCAUCGAGUGGGCUGUUAAUCACGCCCAAAAAAACAAUCACACUGGUAAAGCAGCCAUGAACUUGAGUUUGGUCACCGACAGCCCUAAGGCAGCGAACGCAAUUUGCACGAAAGCGGUUGAAGCAGGUAUCUUCGUUUCUGUUUCUGCAGGGAACGACAAUAAAGCCGUGACCACUGAAUCCCCGGCCUCCGCAGAGAAGGUCUGCACAGUUGGUGCUACAGCACUCGGUGACAGGAGAGCUAGCUUCUCUAACUACGGACGUAUUGUUGCUAUCUUUGCUCCUGGCCAAGAUAUCACAGCAGCCAUGCCCAAUGGUCGCAGUGGGACAAUCUCCGGCACGUCCAUGGCGGCCCCCCAUGUUUGUGGCGUGGGAGCAUUGCUCAUGGCACUUGAAGGCGUCGAGCCUCAAAAAGUUUGUGAUCGACUCAAAGAACUUUCUCGCCCCUCUGUGACAAAUCCAGGAGCAAACACUACAAAUCGUCUUCUCUAUAAUGGAAGCGGUAAAUGA